AUGGACGAGAGUUCAGAUCUCAACGCAGCUGUACGUCCUCGAUUGAAUUCAAUUGACGAUACUCUCACUGUUCUUCGACCGAGUAUCAAUGACAUUAGUGUGCGAGAGGAGCUUCCAGCCAUUGUCGCACCUCAAGGAACUCAAAAUGCAAUAAUCUCGACAUUUGAUGAAAAAAAGAGUGAGGGAGUAAAUGAUUGCAAACUUCAAGUUUUGGUACCGCCAGUGGAUGAAAGUGAAGUCUAUUUUUUAAUUGCAGACUUUUUAAAACGCCACUCAAUUUGUCAUCAAGCAGCAGAUGUACUGAUUCAAGAGAUGACGAAGCACAAGUUAUUGAAGAAUAGUAUUGAUUGGACUGGAAAAUCUCGACCAGCUACAUAUGACGAUUUUCGACUACGACAUCGUGAUCUUUCAUCAAAUCAUCUCAUGCAAUUGCUUCAAGAUGCAUUGACGUCAUUUUCAAGGCGAAAUGGAAAGAAAGAACAAGAGAAUGUGAUACAAGACACAAUAAUGAACGAGAACAAUAAUUUAUUGAUGCAAGACACAAUAAUGAACGAGAACAAUGAAUUAUUGAUGAACGAUGCUUGUAUGAACGAGAACACUAGUUUAUUACUUCGAUCCAGAGUUAAGACCCAGCAAUUAACAAGUGAAGAACGUAUGAAAGUUGGAAAAGCACUCGUUCGACAUGUUUUAAAAGAACGAAGUUUACAAAAGACAUUGCGAAUUGUCGAAAACGUGAUCAAGAAAUACGAGCACUAUUCUCACUUCUUAACAGCAAAACGAGUAGAAGAAUUACCGGAAGAAUUUCAAUUGCACUUUCAAAAAGAAGAGAAUGAGAACGAGAACAUGACGACAUUAGCGGCAGAUGUACGUGCAGUGAAACAACUUUUUCAAAUACGAAAAGAACAAGCACAAGUCAAGAAGGAGCUUUUGGUAUUGAUCAAACAAGCAAAAAAUACAGGUUUAUUUCAAACUACGUUACGAAAAGGAUCUAAUCAACAUUCGAUACUAGGACGACGAGAAGUUUGUUCGCAAUAUUGUUCGAAACUUCCACCUGCGUAUGUGUAUAGUCGAAUUCGAAGAUUGAAAACACUGAGUGGACAUUUACAGAUACAAGCUUAUUGUCUAGCAUAUGAUAAAUUGGGUCAAGUUGUCAUUACUGGAUCCGAUGAUAGAUUAGUCAAAAUCUGGUCCUUACGAACAGGAGAUUUGUUAUUUACGCUACGAGGACAUGUUGGAAAUAUUACAGAUUUAGCAGUAAAUCAUUCAAAUACGCUGUUAGCUUCGUCUUCAGAUGAUAAGACAGUUCGAGUUUGGGAAAUGAAAACUGGAGGUCCAGUGGCUGUUUUGGUAGGUCAUUCCGGUGUUGUGAAUGCCGUUCGAUUUCAUCCAAAGAGAAAUAUUAUCGUUACUGCUUCCGACGAUGGACGUUGUUUCUGUUAUAAGGUACCAGAGAUCCCACCGAUAGAUAAACAAGAAACAAAACUUGAGACGGCACGAAGAUUAUAUUCCUUCCAUGCGUAUAUGCUAAGUUUGCAUCCAAUUUACGCAAUGAAGCACGCACGUCGUGAAGGUGUACGAUCGUGUAAAGUGCAUUGUGUCACGUUUAGUUGUUGUGGAGAUUUUGUAGCUUCGGGAGGUCACGAUGGAAUCGCGCGUGUCUGGGAUAUCUCGAUGGCUUCCGCUCCUGAUGCGCCAAUUGUUGUGCCUUGCUUUCAACCUACCGAUGAACCACAAGAAACAAAUGUACAAGAAGUAGGAGGAAUGACGCGCUUUUCUCCUAGAGAGACUUCAACCUCACCAUCUCAAACUAGGAAUUCAUUGUCCGAGACCUUACAAACAGCUAGAAAUCACGUCCCAGAAACUAUUACAGUUGAUUCAUUACGAGCUACGGGCGCUUUAACUCAGCCAUUGGUUCAGCUUCCUCAAGAAUCAGUGCUACCUUCCUUUCCAAUGCCAUUACAACCUAAUACUGAUAUACUUCUUCCAACAGUUGCAGAAGCUUUACAGCUUGAGACGACACCACGUCCAACUGAACCACCACAGGUCCCAAAUGACUUGCCGUCUUUGUCUCUUUCUGAUGAUGAUGUUCCAAGCAUUGAGCCAAUUGCUUUACUUAAAGGUCAUAAAGGCCCCGUAACGAGCAUUGCAUAUAAUCAUCGAGGUGAUCGAAUUGUCACUGCUUCAAUUAAAGACAGCGUGACACGAUUGUGGAGAUGGAAACGAAGAUAUAAAAGCUUGUGUGGAAUUGUUCUUUUAGCAAAUGAGUCUGUCAAAGAGUCCGAUGAUAUGUCGACUCUUUAUGGCAUUCGUGGUCGUAAGAAACCAAUUCCUGUUGUCGAUAUGGUAGCAUGGACGCAUGACGAUCAACGACUGAUUACUCUUCAUAGUGUGAAACUUGAUGAUGAGUCUGUAGAGCCAAUUUGGGAGCAAAGACUACGAAUUUGGGAUCCAGAAAAUGGAAAGUUACUCAUGACUGUUGGUGCAAUUGAUAAGGAAAAGAAGAAUGGACACGUGAAUGCAGCAUUUGCGCUAAGUACUCAUCCAACUGAUUGGCGUAUCGUUGUGACAGCAGGAUACGAUGGUCGUAUAUUUUUGUGGGAUAUCUCCUCAGGACGAAUGCUCAAGUCAUUCAUGAAUUUAUCGUCCGAUGUCAAACCUCUUUCUAUUCUUGACGGUGGCUUCACUCCGGAUGGUAGUAGCUUUUGUUUCACCGAUCAAAUUGGACGGCUACUUAUCUUUGGUACAGGCUCUGGAGAACAGUACGCAGCGACUCCUGUCCAGCAAUACUUUCUCCAUGACUAUGUGAUGCUAGUAACUGAUGGUCAUUAUAAUGUACGAGAUCGAGAGACGCAAGAACUACCAAGUUUAAUGGACUCUGGUCCACUAAUGGAUGCUUCUUUAGCUCAGUACCCACACCAGCCUCCUCAUUUAAUGCUAAAUAAGGUCUGGACUAUUGAGGAAUAUGCGGAAAAUCGACGCCUGCGUAUUCAACAAAGUGUUGAUUCGGAAAUUCGAUGUGGAGUACGUCACGUACCUGAAGCUGAAGAGGAGAUAUACUCAUUUCCUUUGGCAAUUAUUAAAAAUACGACACCGGAACAAACUGGUCCGGCCACUGAUGCUAUGGCAUUAGCUCGAGCGUCAUAUCGAUUGAGUGGUGCUCCAGUUAUGCUGUCAGAGCUUCGGCGUCGAUCUGGAUUAAGACGAAGUCGAGAUUCUCGCCGAAGACGUGAAGCAGAAGAGCGAGAUACGUCUGUGCUUGAGCUUGAAAUUUCUAGUGAAGACGAUCGAAGUGACGAAGACUUUCAAGUGCCAACUCCUCGCCAUGCAGCUGAAGAGGAAGAAGAGGACGAGGAUGAAGACGAUGAUGAACUUGAGUCGGAAGAUGGUCUUAGUGACAAUGAGGAGACAGUGAUCUCAUCUGCUCAAAGUAGGCACAGACGGCUACGUAGUACAAGACAGCGCGAGUUUUCUCGUGUUCGGUUUUCUUAUCGAGGUCGUAGAUUACGUUCAAACAGUGACGAAGCAGAACAGGAAUCUUUUCCUCGUCAAUUACGAACUCGACAAAGUGCCACGAGAUCUCGUUCUCGAUUGAUUUUAGAUAGUGACGCUGAAGAAAAUGACGAGGAGAAUUCGGAGGAGCAUGUGAAUGAAGUGAACCACGACAGAGAAAGUCGAAGACGUGAUGAGCAUAGUGAAGUUGUGGUGGAGUCGAAUGACGGAAUUAUUAUGGGGGACAAUCAACUAGAUCGAUUUGAUCAAAACAUGACGUAUGGACAGAUGCUUGAAGUGAAACGAGCUCACAUUGGAGAUGCUUCGAUACCAGCUGAAAAUAGUGAUGAAGCACUUCUACCGUGUGCUUUGUGUGGUAUUGGGGAUGAUGAUGCGAUGCUGAAAUUACCUGGAGACGGGAUGGGUAUCCACCCAUUGAUCGUUGGAGUCCAACGGGUAUUUGUGCACGAUCAAUGUGCAAUUGCCUCCCCUUUAUGUUUCAAUCGGGAUGGUAACUGGUACAAUGUAACGAGAGAAAUACGUCGUGGAAGAGCUUUACUAUGCGUUGCAUGUAAUAAACGCGGAGCAACGAUCGGGUGUACUAUCAGUGCUUGUCAAAACUCCUAUCAUUGGAAGUGUGCAAUUAAUUACGGCUGGUCUGUAGAUCAGCUUCAUUUCUUUUGUCCAGAUCAUCGGACGGAAAGGAAUGUCGAAAAUGUAGCACAUGAAGUGGUUGGAGAGGAUGGUGGAGCGAUGAUUGAACCUGCUUCAAAACGUUUUGGACUGAAAUUUCAUCGUGAAUGGUUACAAUUGGUCACUUUGCGACCAAUUCAUCAAUAUGUUCCUCAAGUCGGUGAUUAUGUGGUGUAUUUACCAGAAGGACAUCAAGGAUAUUUACGAUAUGGUGGCAUGAUAACGCCAGAAUAUUACGCACGUUUGUCGAGAUUUUAUGCCAUUAAAUGUCGUGUUGUAGACGUCACUUACGUAUUCCCUACUGCAGAAGAGUACACGCGAUGCAGUACAAUCAAGUGUGAACUUUUAUUAGCGGUAUUGGCUGUGCCAGCUUCAGCCUGCGAUUCGACUCGAGACAAUAGAGAGCACGACGAAGAAAUGAAAGAAGACACGGCGUUGUUUGCUCCAGAGUCGACUCCAUUUGCACAAUUCACGAGUGUAGAUGAUCAGCUCCUUCCCACGGUAUCGGAACCAUCCAUACGUUAUCAUUUUAAACUUUUAUACCACUCGAACGAUGUGGCAAACUUUCUUGUACUUGAUUAUGAAUAUGAGAAUGGUGUAUGGGGUGAUUGGCAUGUAGGAGAUCGUGUUCAGAUGCCAUUUGUACAAUUAAAUGAGUUCGGUCUUGAGAUUGAAGCUAAACUGUCGUUUGGGACAGUUGAAAAGAUUAUUCAAAGGCCGUUUCCAACUAGUAAUUAUGGCGAAUUGUCUCCUUGGGAAUGUGUGAUGGUAAAUUGGGAUGAUCCAGAUGAUGAUACAUGUGCUGUAUGUCCUUGGGAACUGGAGGCAGCGUCAGCAGAUGAGCGGCGGGAAAAACGAGAGUUAUCGCUUCGAAGACGCUCAACUCGACUGUUCUUUUCACGAUACCUCGUUGGAGACAAAAGUGACGCACUUUUACAAGAAAUGGAUCAGAUAUUGACACUAUCAAUAGCGCGAGACUUUAUGUAUCCUGUUGAUGAAGAUACUUUCAUUGACUAUCCAAUCUCGAUUGCUAAUCCGAUGGAUUUGACAAAGAUUCAACAAAGAUUACGUCUUGGCUAUUAUCGACAAGUGGAAGCGUUUGUAGCAGAUGUCAAGCUGCUGAGUACGAACUGUGAAACGUACAACAUUUCAUCAAGCCCUAUUUCUCAAAAUUCACGUAAUCUCGUUGCUGCAAUCUUAACGCAGACACAACGUCACUUUCCGCACCUUCUGUAUGAUUUAAAUCGUCGAGAAGCUGAUACAGAGCAAACGAGUAUCUUGUAUUCGUAUCCUCCGGAUGAUUUCUUACCGAAUUCUCGUCAAGAUCCAGACGACAUGCAUCUAGCGUUAUUAGAGACCGAGUUAUUAACUUCAACAGAAGUAGUAAGUAGUAAUAGCACAGUUGCUACCGUUGUGGAUCCACCCGCUGUAAUUGGUCAAAGUGCUAUGACUACCGUGCAUGAAGCAUCACCGCAAAGAAGAUUACGCAGUCGCACACGCAGUAGAGAAGAGAAUACUGGCGAAAGUGCUUUGGACGAAUCAGGAGAUGUUGGUAUCGAUCAGGAAGAUAAUUCACUUAUUCAAACCUCUUCUAGACAGGCUCAGUCGACGGUAAUCGAUGAAGUGGAAGGUGUCAAUGCUGUGAUUCCUCCAAGACAACUUCGAAAUCGAGAGAUUACAGAACCACAACCUUCAUCCCCUCGCACACGUCGCUCACCUCGAGUGGUAACAACGUCAUCUACGGGAGGAAGUUCAACACGUAAACGGCAGCGUCGGAAUCCUGAUCACGAACUUUUAACUUACUCGGGUCUAAUGGAGAAAUACUCGACUGUUGACCGUAAAGUUAUCGAACGCGCGUGUAAAGAAGAUUUACAGGGCGUUCUUAUCAUGUUUCACGAAGCUCUGACGGAUGCUGAUAAGACGGACGUUUUUGCAACUCCAGUGACGGACGAUGUCGCUCCCCAGUAUUCCGAAAUCAUUCAUCAUCCAAUGGACUUUGGGACGAUACAAGAUAGAUUGUACAAGUACAGAAGCUUCCGCGACUACUUUGCUCAUGUGCAAUUGGUUUUCUCAAACGCAAUAACGUACAAUAGCUGGAAUUCUUCUAUAGGUGGACUGGUUGAGGAUCUACAGAAAUACUGCGUCAAGUUCUUACUGGAUGCAGCUGGAGUCCACUUUCAAAAGCACAAGAAUCAUGCGACGACAAAAGGCAGACGAAUUGCUGACACUGUGGUCAAGACAUCUGCUGCAUCAGGCAAACGACGAGCUUUGUCCACUGUUUCAGACGAUGAGGAAGAUAGUUGGCAUAGCAAUUCUUCAGGGUGUGAAGAUGAGAAUGAAGAGGAAGAGGAAGAGGAGGAGGAAGAGGAGGAGGACUUGAGCGAUGAUUCGGACUAUGGUGCAGGUAGAAAGCGUCGAUUGCGGCAAGCUAGUUUCAAGGUUAAGAAGAAGAAACGUAGACGUCGGUAA